GUCAUAAGACAACAAGACAAUUUAUUUAAUACUCCGGAAUCAUAAUUUGAUUUCGAUCCCUACAGGCCAAAAAUAUAAAUUUAUUACUUUAACAUCGAUGUAUUCAACAUACUGUAGCGUUAGUUUUAAAAAUAACAAGGCCGAAAUAAAAGAAAUAAAUCACACAUUAUGACACCAACGUUACACAAUAGUCUACUGACAAGAAAAGUAAAUUCCAAAGUUCAAAACUAGUUGUUUAAUUGACAUAUCUCCAGACCUACAAGGACUUACUAUUUUUCCAGAAAACAUAAUUUUAUCAAUGAAUCCAGAAAGCAACAAUAGAAAGCUGUGGGGUGGAAGAUUUUCCGAGAAGACUGAUCUUGUUCUAGAGUCUCUCAAUGCAUCAAUCUCAUAUGAUAAGAGAAUGUGGAAAGAGGAUUUAAAAGGGAGUCGUGCUUACACCAUAGCACUUCUCAGAGCAGGGUUGCUAACAGAGGAUGAAUCAAAGGAAAUUUUGAAAGGAUUAGAUAUGGUGCAUGAAGAAUGGGAGAAAAAUACAUUCAUUAUUCUGCCUUCAGAUGAAGAUAUCCACACUGCAAACGAAAGACGUUUAAAAGAAUUGAUUGGUCAUUCAGCAUUGAAGUUACAUACUGGUCGAAGUCGCAAUGAUCAAGUUGUCACCGAUAUGAGACUGUGGCUGCGAUCUGGCCUCGGUGACUUCAGUGUACUUCUUUGUGACAUUAUUAAGCUCUGCACUGUUCGAGCUCAACAAGAAAUAGAUAUCCUGAUGCCAGGAUACACCCAUUUACAGAGAGCACAGCCUGUACGUUGGAGCCACUGGUUGCUAAGCUAUUGUUGGAGUCUAAAAGCUGAUCACGAUCGCCUCAAACAACUCUCCGAGAGAAUAAAUGUACUUCCAUUAGGAAGUGGAGCCAUAGCUGGAAACCCAUUUCUAAUUGAUCGUCAGUUUCUUGCUGAUGAACUGGACUUUCAACAAGUGUCGUCCAAUAGCAUGCAUGCUGUUGGUGAUAGAGACUUCAUAGUGGAGUUCCUGUUCUGGGCAUCACUCACAUCAAUUCAUCUCAGUCGACUGGCAGAAGAUUUGAUUCUCUUCAGCAGCCAAGAAUUUGGUUUUGUAACUCUGUCAGAAGCUUAUUCUACUGGCAGCAGCCUGAUGCCCCAAAAAAGAAACCCAGAUAGUCUGGAAAUAAUACGGGGAACAGCAGGAAAAAUAUAUGGGCAUUGCACAGGAGUUAUGAUGAUUCUAAAAGGUCUCCCAUCUACAUACAACAAAGACUUACAAGAAGAUAAAGUUGCCAUGUUUGCUGUAUUUGAUUGUUUGAAGGCAAUACUACAAGUUGCAGGAGGUGUUAUUAACACACUACAGGUCAAGAACUUUAAUUGUAGAGCAGCUCUUAGUCCAGACAUGUUGGCUACUGAUGUCGCUUAUUAUUUAGUUAAAAAAGGGGUUUCUUUCCGAGAAGCACAUCAUCUUGCUGGUGAAGUUGUAGCAAAAGCUGAACAAGAAAGAGUUACUGUAUCCAAUUUACCUUUAAAUACAUUGAGAGAUAUAAGCAAUUUCUUUGAAGACGAUAUCAAUGAAAUAUGGAAUUAUGAAAGCAGUGUGGAACAGUAUCAAGUAAAAGGAGGAACAAGUAGAAGCAGUGUCACUCUUCAGAUUUCUGAACUUCUACAGUGGCAUGACAACAUCAGAAGUUUAAUACAGCCUCAUGUAUGAAGAUAAAAAAUUGAAAUACAAUAUCAGAAGAAAAUGUAUCACAUGAAAUAAAUGGCAUUAUUACUGAUGUAAUGUUCUUAUUGACAUUUCACAACU